AUGGAUAUGAAAGUGAGUGAAGUUAGUCGCAGCGCCGGAUUCGAGGGUGUGGCUAAUGGAUGGGAAUUAGGGAAGGGAGUCCUCUUCCUCCUCCAAAGGACAAACUUCAAAUCUGUACCACGUCCUACCAUCGAGGUUGACGGCGACUCAUCCAUCGGCUAUGUACAUAGAGCAUUGAUCACGGGAUUGCACCCGUGCAGAGCCAACCAUCGAGCGUGGAGACUCAGACUGGGAGUUGCAGGUAUCUCCAAUGGGGGUUGGGACUUCCCAGAUGUGGAUAUUUCUCCGGGCGUGCCGCCCCUUGCCGCGCGUCAACUCGAAAUCGCCGUUCACUUUUCACUGGCAAAGGUUAGUCUACAUCGACGCACAAGCGAAGUGAACUCCAACGGAGAAAAAGGGAGGUUCGAAUUCGGUGAAGCACAGAAGAGUCGGUCUUGUUCCGACAGCCAGCAACUGUGGGAUAGGGAUGUUGAGGAAAACGUGGUGAUGUGGGAUUUUAAAGAAAACGUGGUCGAGGCGAGGCGAAGAGCUAGGCGGGCCGCUUUGGGCCUGUUCGAUGAAGAGAGGCGUCCGACCUCAAGCACCUAA